AGAACGCCUAGGAAGAUGGGUGACGGGCUCCCUGAGCUGCUGAGUAUUUGUGUCCCUGUUUGUCUGACUCUGUGCUUGUUGGAUUUUCUAGAGCGGUCAUGUAUUCCUUCAGCAAUCGGGGAGAGGAUAGAUGUCAUUCCAAAGCCGAACGCGGACCGCCGAGGGGCCCGUCUCUUUCUGAAACCAUCCACACUCUUACCUGUGCUCCUCUCUCCCACAGGGGGACUUGAUCUCAUCUUCAUGCCGGGUCUCGGGUUCGACAGGCAUGGGAACCGCUUGGGGAGAGGCAGGGGGUACUAUGACGCGUAUCUGAAACGCUGCCUGGAGCAGCAGGACGUGCGGCCCUACACCAUGGCCUUGGCCUUCCGAGAACAGAUCUGCCUGCAGGUCCCCGUGGACGAGAACGACAUGAAGGUGGACGAAGUCCUUUAUGAAGAGCCGUCCGUGUAAACCCUGACACCUGCGGCCAAAGGCUUGUUCCCGAGAAAAGCCGAAUGUGUCCAUUUCCCCGUUAGGACAUCCAUGUGCAUACAGACUGCCGGCUUUCUAGUGUAAUUGCAAAACACACCUUCCCAAAUCAGGAGUAGAACGUGAAUAAAAAUGAGGCAGUGACCGUGUGA